AUGACAACUACAACGAACUCAACAGGUUAUGGGCCCAGGAGAGGCUUGCUAUUCGACGGUAACGAAAGCAAAUAUGAGUUGUGGGAAGUAAAGUUCCUGGGCUAUAUGCGGCUACAAAAGCUAUAUAAAGUAUUCGUGCGAGACGCAAGCGAGAAAGACCCACCAGACGCUUCGACGCAAGCUGAUGCUUUUGCCGAACUCGUGCAAUGUCUGGACGAUAGAAGUUUAUCGCUAGUGAUACGAGACGCGAGAGACGACGGGAGGAAAGCACUAGAAAUUCUCCGGACAGCACUACCAAGGGAAGGGAAAGCCACGUAUAAUUUCGCUUUAUACCGAACUGACAUCGCUAAAGAAAGAAGAGAACGAGCCAAUAGUCGAUUAUGUCAUACGAGCCGAGUCAUUUGCGACAGCGUUACGAAAUGCCGAGGAAGCUAUCAGCGACGCAUUGUUAAUCGCGAUGGUUUUGAAAGGCUUACCGAGGGAAUACCACACGUUUGCCACGGUAGUUAUGCAAAGAGAGAAACAAAUGACUUUCGCCGAAUUCAAGAGCGCGCUGCGAAGCCACGAGGAAAGCGCAAAGACACAUGA